UCUUCUCGAUCUCCUAAUAAUUAAUACCCUCUCCAUACUUGGCAUACCAAAAGCCUACUGAUCUUUCUCCACUGUGAUUGAAGCCCUCAUAUGGACGCUGAAGCUCGGCACUUGGCUCUCUCUCUCUCACUUUUGUUCGUCCUUUUCAGGCUUUCGUUUUCUGACGACGCAUCCGAUGCGGCCACGCUCCUCAAAUUCAAGGAUUCUGUAGCGGACCCCUCGGGGUCCUUGGACGGCUGGACUCAGAACUCAGGCCCGUGUCGAGAACCCAAGUGGGCUGGAAUCAUUUGCAACGGUGACGGAGAGGUAUACGGGCUCCAACUGGAGAAUAUGGGCCUUUCUGGUCCACUGAACCUGGGCCCGUUGACCGACCUGCCGUCGAUUCGGACCCUGAGCUUCAGCAACAACAGGUUCACCGGGCCCAUGCCCGGCGUGAGGGACUUCAAGGGGUUGAAAAAUGUGUAUCUGUCUGCGAACAACUUCACCGGAGGAAUUCGGGACGACGCUUUCGAUGGCAUGCGGUCGCUGAAGAAGGUCGUCCUGUCGAGAAACAAGUUCUCGGGCAGGAUACCGAGCUCGCUCGUCCUGGUCAAUUCUCUCUCGGAGCUGUGGGUGGACUACAACGGAUUUGAUGGCCAGAUCCCGAAUUUCCAGCAGUCUGAUCUGCAGGUGGUGAAUGUUUCGAAUAAUAAUUUGGAGGGGAGUAUUCCUCCCAGGCUCAGCGCGAUGGACCCCAGCAUGUUUGCAGGAGGUGAGGAAUCAUCGGCGUCGCCUUCCUCGUCAAUGAGACGCGCGGGAGCGAAGAACGGGCAAAAGAAGCACGGGCCGGGGGCUUCACCGUUUCGAAAGCCCCGAACGUCGGAUACUUCAUGUGUGGGCCGAGGCAGAGCAGAGGGAAGCAGCAAAAGUAAGGCGACGGCAGCAAACGGAGACAGAGGCCAAGGGGACCUUGUGUUUUUGAACGAGGGGAGGAGGGAGAAUUUUGGGCUCCAGGAUCUUUUACGGGCCUCCGCGGAGGUUCUGGGCAGUGGAGAGUUUGGGUCAUCUUACAAGGCCCUGUUGCUAAAUGGCCCCGCUGUUGUUGUGAAGAGGUUUAAGGAAAUGAAUAGGUUGGGGAAAGAGGAAUUUCAACAGCAUAUGAGGAGGAUCGGAAGGUUGUCUCAUCCUAAUUUGUUGCCUUUGGUGGCUUACUACUAUAGGAAAGAGGAGAAGCUCUUGGUCACGGAUUUCAUCCCUUAUGGGAGCUUGGCUAGUUUGCAGUUCAUGGUGGCUCAGAGCAUCGGAAGGCCGCAGAAUGACGGAGUUAUUACAUUGUCGUCGUGA